CAAGCCAGAUCCUUCUCCUGACCUUGGAGAGCGAGCAAGUGAGCGAGCAACAGAGAGGCAGAAGUCGGUUAGAGCUCCACUACUGCAGAGGACUGUACUGGUAAUUUUUUUGUGUCUGUAUGUGGCAGAAGUGGAAUUAGACUGGAAGAGCAACCGGGCAACCCUCCUCUAACAACGGACCUAGGAGCAGCAGUGGUGUGAGGGAAAUUCCAGCUCUUUGAGAAUAUGAACUAACGGGCUGCAGUGAGCCGUCUCUCCAAGUGGGCAGAUAACGUCAUCAGCAAGGAGGGCUGUGCCUUGUUUGCCUACCUUACGCUUAGUUACCAAAUCACAUGAGAAUCCGUCCUUGUAACCAUGACAACCAGUCCUGGUCCAGGCUCCAUCCUGUCGAGGUAAAGAAUAAGAACCACAGACCCAUCCACAAGGACACACAGCCUGCUUUUUGUCGUCCCCCGCGCCCUGCGGAGAGUGGCGCGGCCCAUAGUUUCUGAGCGCCACUGGUGGCUCCGAGAAGAUUGAAUGUGUUUGAACACGCCUGUUUGAAGUCAAGGGUGAGCCGGGAUCGCAGAGCUGCUGGAGGAGGGAAAAUAUUUGGGAUUUACUGUCUUCGGCAUCGGGGAUCGAACCCCUUGAAAUAUGUUACACUAAGGAUUUAGCUCGGGGAAAACUUAAAAGUAACUAUUUCCCAAACCUACUAUAAGUGUCAUGGACCUUAAGUAAGACCUAUGAUGGUGGACGGGGGAAGACUGCCCAGGAGAGUUUGAGAGAGAGAAGGCGGGCAGACCCUGGGCACCCCUGCAGGAGUUGCAGGGGGCGUCUUGACCUCUGGUCAUGGGGGAUGGCGGCGCAGGGGGAGAGAGGGUGAACCAGGCCCACGUCCUGUUUGAUCGCUUUGUCCAGGCGACCACCUGUAAAGGAACACUAAAGGCCUUUCAAGAACUGUGCGACUUUCUGGAAUUAAAGCCUAGCGACUAUCGCGUCUUCUACCACAAACUCAAAUCGAAGCUCAACUACUGGAAGGCCAAGGCGCUCUGGGCGAAACUUGACAAGAGGGCGAGCCACAAGGACUACAAGAAGGGACGUGCCUGUGCUAACUCAAAGUGCUUGAUCAUUGGCGCUGGUCCCUGUGGUCUCCGAACGGCUAUUGAGCUUGGUUUCCUUGGAGCGAAAGUCGUUCUGCUGGAGAAGAGGGAUGCCUUCUCACGGAAUAACGUCCUGCACUUGUGGCCCUUUACCAUCCAGGACCUGCGGGGGCUGGGAGCCAAGAAGUUCUAUGGGAAGUUCUGUGCCGGCUCCAUCGACCACAUUAGCAUUCGGCAGCUCCAGCUCAUGCUGCUGAAAGUGGCACUGAUCCUGGGCAUUGAGAUUCACGUCAAUGUUGAAUUCAGGGGCCUCAUUGAGCCCCCUGAAGACCAGGAGAAUGAGAGGAUAGCUUGGAGGGCAGAGGUUCACCCAAAAACACACCCUGUCUCCGAGUUAGAGUUUGAUGUCAUCAUUGGGGCUGAUGGAAGAAGAAACACAUUACCAGGUUUUCGCAGGAAGGAGUUUCGUGGGAAGCUGGCCAUUGCCAUUACGGCUAACUUCAUCAACCGCAACACCACUGCCGAAGCCAAGGUGGAAGAGAUCAGUGGGGUGGCCUUCAUCUUCAACCAGAAAUUUUUCCAGGACCUGCGGGAAGCUACAGGAAUUGACCUGGAAAAUAUCGUCUACUACAAGGACGACACACACUAUUUCGUCAUGACUGCCAAAAAACAGAGUCUGCUGGAGAAAGGAGUCAUAUUGCAUGACUAUGCUGACACGGAGCUGCUGCUGUCGCGGGAGAACGUAGACCAGGAGGCUCUGCUCAACUAUGCCCGCGAGGCUGCCGACUUCUCAACCAAUCACCAGCUGCCCAGGCUGGAUUUUGCCAUCAACCACUAUGGCCAGCCGGACGUGGCCAUGUUUGACUUCACCUGCAUGUACGCCUCGGAGAACGCGGCUUUGGUGCGCGAGAGGAAUGGCCACCGGCUGCUGGUGGCCUUGGUGGGGGACAGUCUGUUGGAGCCUUUUUGGCCUAUGGGGACUGGAAUUGCUCGGGGCUUUCUAGCUGCCAUGGAUUCAGCCUGGAUGGUGCGCAGUUGGGCACAAGGCAACUCCCCUCUUGAAGUCUUGGCUGAGCGGGAAAGCAUCUACCGCCUUCUUCCUCAGACCACUCCAGAGAACGUCAGUAAGAAUUUCAGUCAGUACAGUGUUGAUCCAACAACACGCUACCCUAACAUCAGCCUUCAUGCACUGAGGCCCAGCCAGGUGCGGCAUCUUAUUGACACAGGAGAAUCCAGGGACCCGCGUGUCGAAAUGGAAAAUGCUGUUAAUUCUCAAACCCCCAAACUCUCCAGAAAUGACAAUUGUCAGCUUCAAAAUCUUGUUCAAGAGUCAGUAGCUAGAUCCAGUAAAUUGCUGAACUGGUGCCAGCGACAGACUGAGGGAUACAGGAAUGUGAAUGUGACUGACCUCACCAUGUCCUGGAAGAGUGGACUAGCUCUCUGUGCCAUCAUCCACCGGUACCGACCUGACCUCAUUGACUUUGACUCCCUGGAGGAGCAAAACCUGGAGAAGAACAACCAGCUGGCCUUUGACGUGGCAGAACGGGAGUUUGGGAUCUCGCCCAUCAUGACGGGGAAAGAGAUGGCCUCGGUGGGGGAGCCCGACAAGCUUUCCAUGGUCAUGUAUCUCAGCCAGUUCUAUGAGAUGUUCAAGGACACAGUGCCCCCUGGUGAAAACCAUAAUCUGAGUCCAGAGGACAAAGCCGCCUUGAUCACCAACACUAAGUCUCCCAUAUCCUUCCUUAGCAAGUUGGGUCAGAGCAUCUCUCGCAAACGGAACCCUAAGGACAAAAAGGAAAAGGAAGUGGAUGGUUCUGGCAAGAGGAGAAAAACCAGCCAAUCUGAGGAUGAGGAAGUGCCCCGGAGCUAUCGCGAUGAGAGGCCGCCCUUGGUCAGCACGCUGGCAGAGCGUAGGGUUGACCCGACGUCUGGAAAUCACAAUAAAGUGAAGUCCAUGGCCACACAGCUGCUAGCCAAGUUUGAAGAAAAUGCUCCUGCACAGUCAUCCGGCCUCAAGAGACAGGAGCGCCUGCUGACCCAGCCCUCCGUGCGCCCGAAGGAGCAGGCCCGCCUCGCUCCCGUCCCACAGUGGAGACAGAGACGCACCCAGCAACAAGAGAGGUUAAGUUUCCGCUUUAGAGAGACAGUUCUGUGCCACACUUUGCCUCCCAAGGAGAAGGCCAAAAAGGAGACGAGCUCUCGAACCUGCCCAAAGAAAAUCAUUCUUCUCACGCCUUCUUCCUCCACCUCCUCCUCACUCUCUCUCCAUGUGCAGACGGGAGAGAAUGAUGUGGCUGAGUGCCCCAGUCAAGAGGACAAGCCUGUCUCAGAUCGGAUGUUGCCAUUAAUUUACUGUGAUGACCAAGUUACGUAUACUCCUAGUACUGAGGAGAGGGCAUCACACGUUUCUUCCCAUUGUCAACAGAACCAUACCAGUCUACAGCCUAAGAAAAAGCCAUCACGGCACUUCUUUGUAGAUCAGUGGCACCUGUCUCGCAGUCUUCGCCCAGACAAGUACAGUGACCUUCCUUCCCCAGGGUCCCUACGACAGAGAUAUAUAAAGAUGUACACAGGUGGAGUGAGCUCAUUGGCUGAACAGAUAGCCAAUCAGCUUCAAACGCAAGACAAGCCCAAGCCCCUUCUUGACAAGAAGGAAUUGGGCUCUCUACGUAAGGAGUUUCCCCAAAACAUUGGCGGGAGUGAUGUCUGCUACUUCUGCCGGAAGAGAGUCUACGUGAUGGAGCGCCUCAGUGCAGAGGGCAAAUUCUUCCACCGUAGUUGCUUCAAAUGUGACUACUGCAACACCACUCUGCGGCUGUCAUCUUACGCUUUCGAUGUUGAAGAUGGAAAGUUCUACUGCAAGCCUCAUUACUGCUACCGCCUGUCGGGGUACACCCAGAGGAAGAGGCCUGCCCCCCCUGCUUCGCUCACUGCCAAGGAGAACAAAGCUGCCCUGCCCGAAAGAGCCACGGCAGAAGGCCCAGGCCGGGCGAAGGCAACUGUGGCCCCUGCCGAAAGACCCUCAGUGGCUGAAGUCAACGGGGUCGAGGAGCCCAGCCUGGCCAAGAGACUGCGUGGUACUCCAGAGCGCAUUGAGCUGGAGAACUACCGGCUGUCCCUUCAGCGCGAAGAGGAGCUGGAGGAGGUGCCCGAAGAGACGCUAGCUGAGCACAAUCUGAGCAGCGUGCUCGACAAGGCCACUGACAUAGAGGAAGGCUCAAGUAGCUCAGAGUCAGAGAUGGAAGAGGAAGACGAAGAUAACCCUGCUUCAGACCUGGGCGGGGUGCCGUGGCGAGAGGCUGUGAGGCUCCAUGCCCGUCUAAAGGGUAAAGUGGAGACAGAAGUGACAGGAGACCCACAGGCUCAGGCCGGCAGAGAGGAGGAGGAGGAAGAAGAUGAAGAGGAGGAGGAGGAAUCUAGUGAAGAGGGGGAGUACUGCCCCUGGGACAGGGAACUCCAGUUAGGGCUGUGGCUUGAGAACCUCAAAGAUGAAGAGGACACGGCCAGGAAUCUCCGCAUCCAGCAAAUACUACAGCCUGUAGACCCCUUGGAGAUUCAGGCAGACGUGCACUGGACACACAUUCGGUCUGAGGGGGACAGGGAGGGGACUUCAGCCUCCCAGCCCUCCCGUUCCACAGCACUCGACACUCCAUCAAACCGCCAAGACGCAGUGCGAGCCUGGCUGGAGACGAUGUCCGGAGGCCCUUGUGAGGAAGAUGAUGACCCAGAGGCUGAAGCAGGGAGCCCUGAUGUGGAGCCCGGCACCGAGCUGGAUGAGGAUGACAUUCCCUCAGACGCGGAGGCAGAAGCUCGGCUACAUCGACUUGAAGGCAAGGAGACAGGGCCGGAGGAGGGGGAAGAGUCUGAAUGCCACGGAAGAGUGUCCAGCCUGGGACAAUCGUCUGUUAGCCCAGUGCGCUCUCACAGUGAUGAUGUACUGUCCCCUGUCAGGAGAAAGGAGCAGGCAUCAGAGGAUGCUCAGAAAUCAUUUUCAGCAUCUUCCCUACAGAAACCUACAGACAUUCGCUUUUUCCCUGAGCCAUUUAUCCCAGAUGAAGGCAAAGCUGUAGACGUUUCUCAGACUCCACAGGCUAAGAUCUCUCCUUCCCUCCCGGCUUUUCCUAUCUGCUCUCAGCCUGUUCCUCUGCCAGAAGCCAUCGUGCCAAAGGUGCCAGUAAAAACUCAGCCUUCUCCUUCCACUCCAGCUGGGAGUCCUCUCACUCCAAUAUGCUCCCAGCCUCUUCCCUCAACUGAAGCCUCCUCACCACUUUCAUCCGAAUCUCCUGUGCGAACUCAGCCCACACCAGCUGUUACCUCUACUCCUCUGACCAAACCUACCCCAGAACCUGAUGCAUCGGAGUCCCAGAAGCUUGCCAAUCAAGUGGAAGAUGAGUCUGUUAAAAAAACUGAUCUCAUAGAGGAGUUUUGGAUUAAGAGUGCCGAGAUUAGAAGGAGCCUGGGUCUUAGUCCUCUGGAGAGAAGCAGGGCCCAAGAAAGCAUCAUCCCAGCAGGCACUCCUGAUUCCUUGUCCCCCAGGUCCUACACUCCAGAAGACCUUUCAGAAGAGCAGAAGGUGUAUCUGAGCCGACAGCAGCCAGUCCUGCGGAGGUUCAACAUCACCACCCGAGAGGGACAACAGCUAUCCCCCUCAGUACUGAAAUCACCAAGUGAGAAGGAACCAAAGAGUUCUGAUUCAGAAAAGAAAGACUUCAGCAGCAGUUCAGGCCUGGGCCUUAAUGGAAGCACGGUUAACACUCAGACUGUAGCCAGUGAGAGCUUCAACACCUCAGACUCUACCAUGCUGACACCACCUUCCAGCCCACCUCCACCACCCCCAGAGAAUGAAGAGCCUGCAACCUUGCGGCAUAAGAAGCAUCAAGCCACUUGGAAUACGGUUCCUGAGCCAAGUCCUAAACCUUUGCAGGUACCAGCAGUGGUACCAGCUCCAACCCAGACACCCACGCCAGUGCUGGUGAGCUCCGAAGCCCGCCGGGAGUUGAGCAGAUCAAAGCGAGAUGAAGUACGGAAGUCAUUUGUGGAGAGCGUGGACGAAAUCCCAUUUGCAGAUGAUGUAGAAGAUACGUAUGAUGAGAAGUCACCUGAUGUUAGCCUUCAAGAGAAAUUUUACACCCCUCCAACUAGCCGACCACAGAAAGAUAAACCUCCUCUUCACUUAGCCUUAGCAAUGGAGAAUGGCAAACCCAACCUCUCUGGAAGCAUCAGCACAACACGACAGCGAACCCUCCCAGCUAUCUCUCCAGAAGCCAAAGAGAUCGCAGAGGAGCGAAUGCGAGCACGGGAGAAGUCUGUGAAGAGCCAGGUCUUGAAAGACGCCAUGGCCAAGCAGCUCAGUAAAAUGAAAGAGACGGAAACAGCCAAGCCUGCCUCUCCUAGAGUAGCUUGGAACGUUUCUGUGGAGACUUCUGGCUACAAAAUUUCUCCUCUGGCAUCAAGGACCCAGAAGACAUCUGCAGCAAUGGCCAUGGAACCUCGAAAGCCUGAGACGUUGCCUGAAAGGUUCUUAACACCGCAGGGUACGCAGAGCCAUGAAGGCUCCGUUGCUUCCUCUGAAGGCUCAACAGGAGGAAAGAGCAAGAAGCGCUCUUCCCUCUUUUCUCCCCGGAAGAACAAGAAGGAGAAGAAGCCCAAAAAUGAGAGUCGACUCUCGGACAAACAUGGCUCAGAGGAAGCUCCCAAACACAAGUCUCUUUGGAAGACAGUCUUCUCUGGAUACAAGAAAGACAAGAAAAAAAAGGAUGAUAAGUCCUGUCCCAGCACCCCCUCCAGUGUCACUACCGUAGAUUCAGGGAAAAGGGGAGUUUCACCCCUUACGAAGGCAGCAGAUCUCCACCUCCGCAGAAAUUUAAGUUUCUCUGAAGACUCGGACCUGUCUUGCGAUGAUGUCCUGGAAAGAUCUUCUCAGAAGUCAAAAUCUGAUCAGAUUCAUGACAUCUUUGACCUAGUAUCUGACAUGCAGAAGAAGAAAGAGGAGUCUGUUUACGUUCCACACGCCUUGGCGUUCAAGAGAUCAUACACAUCAAAGAAAGCGUACACAGAGGAAGAGCUUAAUGCCAAGCUGACACGGAGGGUGCAGAAGGCUGCCCGGCGACAGGCCAAGCAAGAGGAGCUCAAGCGCCUGCACAGAGCCCAGAUAAUCCAGAGGCAGCUGGAGCAAGUUGAGGAGAAACAGAGACAGCUGGAAGAGCGUGGAGUAGCUGUGGAGAAGGCAUUGCGUGGGGAAGCAGUUGAGCCCAAUGUCGGGACCCCUCGCCGAAGACCUAUCUCCUUCUGCCCUUGCUGUACCCACGAAGGAAUGGGCAAGAAGGAUGACCCCAAGCUUAUGCAAGAAUGGUUCAAGCUUGUCCAGGAGAAAAAUGCCCUAGUGCGUUAUGAGUCCGAGCUUAUGAUAUUUGCCCGAGAACUGGAGCUGGAAGAUCGACAGAGUAGGUUACAACAAGAGCUUAGGGAGCGCAUGGCUGUUGAUGAUCACCUGAAGACAGAGGAGGAGCUGGCGGAGGAGAAGCGGAUCCUGAACGAGAUGCUGGACGUGGUGGAGCAGCGGGACUCUCUAGUGGCCCUUCUGGAGGAGCAGCGGCUGCGAGAGAAAGAGGAGGACAAGGACUUAGAGGCCGUCAUGCUCUCCAAGGGGUUUAACUUGAACUGGUCCUGAGCCCCUCCGCACCGCAGCUCUGGUGCUCUUCACACAGUGGCGCAGCCCGACCGCUCUGUCGCAACGCCCUGAGUGUUCGGGAAUGUCAGUCCGGCGUGCUUGCCUUUUUUUCACGCUGUUUACAGUUUACAUAUCCUCCCCGGUCUCGGUGAACUUUGUUUUUUUGUUUUUUGUUAAGGGGAAAGGAUAGUUUUGUUGAAAUACAUAUAUUUUUUAUUUUCCAUUAAAGACAGAUGUCAGCCAUGGAAACAAGUAAGUGACUGAAAGGACAAGAAACAAAAGCUUCCUGCUGACAUGGAGGAACUGAGAAGAAAUCUCUUUAUAAAAUAUAUACUAAUGUACAAAAGAAUUGAACAUAAUACCAUUUACACUUUGACUGAAGAUGUAUAUUUAUUGACUCAUAGAUUGAAGACGUGGGCAUAAGCUUGUUUUCAUGAGCUUGGUUUUAAGUUCCUAAGAAUGGAAGGAUUGGCCUCUCCUGGUGGCAACUUUCCAUUCACUAGGUUCUUCCCAACUUCCCAACCUUUUCUCACAUGCCAUUGCUAUCUGAUAUUGCAGGACAUCUGUACAGCUGUCAUGGGUAACUGGCUGACUUGGUUCCGCCUUUUAAGAAAUCUCUGAGGAGUAUCUUCAGUUUUCCUUCAUCAGCAUUUGCACAGAUUCAUUUGUUUUUGUUUUAAGGUAUCACAAAGAAACAGGUUUAAAAGUUUUAAACCCUAUUUAUUACUGUUUUUAAUGUAAUACUAGCUUUUACUUUUUUAACAUUGAGACUACUGCAAAAUCCUGGUUUUAGUGGACAUUUACAAAAUCUGACAGAAGAGUUUCAGUUGCGCAGUGUAAGCUAGACGCCCUGUCCUCUCUCUGUGUCAUAAGCCAUCUUUAUAAUGUUGAGUUGCACAUGAUUGUGGUACUCUGAGAGGACUGUUAAGUUCAGUAACAUGCUGUGGUCUUGGUAAUUGAAUUUUGCUCUAUACUCAUUGUGAAUCUGACACUAUCCUGAUGUUUCCUUAAAGGGAAAGCAGUGUUUUUCCCACUUGGAAUUGAGCCAGUAUUAGUAUGAAGUCUGUGGUAUGCUUUGUUUUUACUAAUGGAAAAAAAAACUGAAGCAAAGAGGGGAAAAAACACAUUUGUUCCUAUUUUAUUCAGUUUUAUUUAUUGUAUUCUUAUAAGGUUCCUACACACUUUUAUUUGCAAAGUUACAUUACAUUUGGUGGAUUUGAAAAACGGUUGAAAGUGGCCUGUAGAUUUGUCCCUUCAGGGGUAAUGAGUAUAGCCAUGUACAAGAAAAGUUCAGUAUUAAACAUUUUGCUUUUCAACUGUAAAUUAUCUUAGGCCAUUAGUUCAAAGUUAUUAUUCUUCUGACCCUGAAGGGUUGUCACUUUCGUUAAAAAGCAAACAUAACAUGUAAACAUAGUGUAGCAACUGCUUGAUGUUUAUUGUAAAACAAAUAUUUUACAUUAAGUUUAGAAGCUUUCUGGUUGUAUGAGAUGUAUGCACAGCCUUGUGGGAGUCUGGAAGCAACCCUGGCUCCAUGAGACCGUUCAGGGGAUGACUUGAUGGAUUCCUCGGGAUCAGAGCAGCUUGCAAGAUACCUUCCUUUGUUUGUGACCAAUUGCACGUCCAACUGAUGUAACUUGUAAAUUCACUUCAGUAAAACAAAUGACACUUACCCCCCAAAAAAUGAAAUCAAGUUCUCUUACAAUUAUCAAAGAAUCUGUUUUUCCACCUUAAGGUAACACCAUCAAGUGAUUUGCACAGAGGCACCACAAAUCCUGUUUUUUUGUAUUUGUGUACCAAUGUGUGUAUUUCUUGAGCCAUUAAUAUUGGUAUACAGUAUGUGGUAAAAAAACAAAACAAAUUCAGCUUUGUAAAUGUGACAUUUAAAUGUAGACAUUGGAAACUUGAACAGUGGUAUUUUCAUUUGGCUCAGUUUCUGUACGAAGAUUGGAGAUUGUCAUGCAUUGCCUUUGUCAGCUGUAUCCAGAUUAUGGGAAGUUCAAGAAUGCCUUUGUUUCCUCUUCAGCUCUUCAUUUUUAUUUAAAAUCAUUUUUGUUAGGAGUUUACAAUGUUCACUCUGUUUACUCAAUGAAUUUUAAAAGAUACACGUUAUUACGGAGUGCAUAAAAUGAAAGCUGCUCUCAACUUUGUUAUUGUUACUAAAGAUUACGCUGAGUUUAUGUUUUCAGUAAUGGAAGAUGUGAAAGUAAUACCCUUUCUGUCAUUUGGUACAUUUUCUGCUUGUUGGACCACACUUUUUCCUGAAGAUAGUCACAGAGUCAGAUUUUAUGUAGCAGAUGUAAAAGAGAUGAGAAACCUAGCAAAAUCUUGUACUAUACUGAAGUUCAUGUGUGUUUAGAAGCUGCCUGGAGUGUUUGACAGAUUUUAUUUAUUAAUAAGUGUGAGAAGAAAAUGUACAAUAUGUAAACAAAAUCCUAAUUUUUAAACCAGCUUCUGUUGUUGAGCCCUGACUGAAAUUUACAUACUUCGUAUAGCUAAAUUGCAUUUAAAAUGUUGGAUAAGUGUUGAAUGGGGACAAUAAAACAAUGCAGUCAUUUAAA